UCAGUGCCGCCCCGUGCCAGACCUGUCGGGCAGCUCCCAGAGCGGAGGCUGAGCCCAGCCCGUCGGCCGUGGACUCCUCCCGUGCCUUUGUCCUUUUUGGGAUGUGCUGGGGGUCCUCGGGCUGCAUGCAGCACGUCCUCCUUCUCCUCAGUCUGGCGGUUUGGUCUUCGGAGGAGGAGCAGGUUUACAUCGGCGAGUUGCCCCAGGACUUCCUGCGCAUCACCCCCACGCAGCAGCAGCAGCAGAUCCAGCUGGAUGCACAGGCUGCGCAGCAGCUGCAGUACGGCGGAGCCUUGAACACUGUGGGCCGACUCAGCAUCACCGUGGUGCAGGCGAAGUUGGCAAAGAACUACGGUGUAACCCGCAUGGAUCCGUACUGCCGCAUCCGGCUGGGCUACGCUGUGUACGAAACGGCCACUGCCCACAAUGGCGCCAAGAACCCUCGCUGGAACAAAGUGAUUCAGUGCACGGUGCCUCCGGGCGUGGACUCUUUCUACCUGGAGAUCUUUGAUGAGCGCGCCUUCUCCAUGGACGACCGCAUCGCGUGGACACACAUCACCAUUCCUGAGUCUCUCAAACAAGGGAAGGUGGAGGAUGAAUGGUACAGCUUAAGUGGAAGGCAGGGCGAUGACAAAGAAGGGAUGAUUAACUUGGUCAUGUCCUACACGUCUCUCCCGACCGCCAUGAUGAUGCAGCCUCAGCCUGUGGUCCUGAUGCCCACGGUGUACCAGCAGGGGGUCGGCUACGUGCCCAUUACAGGAGUGCCUGCUGUCUGCGGCCCGGGGGUGAUGCCCUUGGCGGUGGCCCCUCCGGUGGUCAGUCCCCAGCCACAGUGUAGCGAAGAGGACCUGAAAGCCAUCCAGGACAUGUUCCCCAACAUGGACAGAGAAGUGAUCCGCUCGGUGCUGGAAGCCCAGAGGGGGAACCGGGAGGCGGCCAUCAACUCCCUGCUGCAGAUCGGGGAGGAGUCCUAGGGCUUCCCCCCGGGGCGCGGCCUACUCGGCCUGCUCGCUGCCCCUCUCCUUCAACCUGCCCAGUGGUCGGCGUCCAGUCCCCGAGUGAUUGUCCUCUCUCUUUUUCUUGGGCAUUAACGUCCCCCAGCUGUACGCCGUUUUUUUGGUCACUCUGCAGAUGCAUGUGGGUUUUUCCAGUUAAUAGCCGCGAUGCCCUAUGUGCUGUUUUGUUGGGGGGGAGAAGUGUCACGUGUAUUUAUUCGCCUUGUCCUCCCCCUUCUCACCGCAGGGCCGGCACUGUCCACCUCUGCCUCGGGGCACUCCGUUACCACUUGCCCUGGGCCGGAGAGGGAAGGCCUGCCCUCCCCCCACGCCUUGCCCCACUGCCUUCCCUGGAGGUGGCCUCGUGGGCAUGACGAGGCACGCCGUGUCCCCCUUCCCCCGGAAGCAUGCACCAUCUUUAGCUGGUUAGGAAUCCUCUCCGCUCUGAUCAUGCUUCCCUUCCGACGAUGUCCCUGAAGUCCUGUCCCAAGGGGGACCUUCCUCCGCAUUGACAGUGCGCUUCAGUCAGCCGCAGAGGCCGCGAAGGCGCAUUCUUGCCGUCUGUCCUGUUGCUUUACUACUGACCGGGGCGAGCGCCAGAGCCCCUCUUCCUAUGGCGGUGCCCGGGCAUGCCCAGCGACCGUCGGGCAGCCGAGCCCUUCUGUGGGAGGGGCCCCACCGAUGGACCUAGAAGUCGUGCACUUUCCGGCGGCCAGUCCUCUGGGGGUGGGGAAUGGUCGACUGGAGGCUGAGCCCUUUGGGCCCCCGGGGGGUCACAAGGAAGGGAGAGCCUGUGUGUUCCCCUUCCCCCAAUCAGAAAAUACCGCGUCCCUGUUGUUCUGGGUGUUGACUAUCAGACCUGUGUGUACACACGCACACGUGCAAGUGUGUGCUGGUGGCUGUGCCAUCAGGGGCUCCAGUUCUCAGGUCAGGACCAAACUUCUUGCUUCUUUGUUUGGGAACGCAGAUUAUCUGCAUAGCAGGGAAGGCUAUAAUCCCCCCGCUUUUUUUUUUCUUUUUUUCAUUCAGAUUAGCGGUCAGUUUUCUUUUGUUCAGGGCCUAAGGCCACCGGGCUGGGAUGGGGAGGCUGGCCUGGCCCCGCGUGACCGCCCGAGCGCCAUUCCCAGGGGAGCAGCCUCUUUGGGAAGUGAUCUCGCCCACUUGGCUGAGAUGUUGAGGGAAAAGAGAGCCUGCCCUUGGAUUUUCCUUUGGGAGCCCUUGGACAGGGGACCUCUGACUAGUCUUUGACCAGCCGCAUCCACACCCUCUGGGGUCCUGGGGCGGCUUCCAGCCACACCUAGCUGCCCUUGCACCAGUGUGAUGCUGCUUUGGGGGUGUGUCCACCUUCCCUUGGGUCUGGAGAUUUGACCUUAGUGGCUUGGGAGGCAGAAACGAUGCCAGAAUGUGGGGCUGGGGCCUUUCAAAGGCGCUUCUCCAUCAGGGAAUGGGGUAAGCAUGGACUUGGGGAACGUGCGAUGGGCCCUUCCCCACCGAGGCAUGGCCCAACACACAAGGACAGACGGUGUGUGGCCAAAGGCAGGCAGCCCGUGGGUGUCCUGGGCCCCUUCCAGCCCCAGCCUGUGUUUGGGGCUUGGGGCAGGGGUGGCCUUGGCGGGGCCUGCUUAGGUGAACAUGGGAGGCUUUGCAGAGACGACUCACGGGCCUCGGGCUCUGAUUCUGUUGUUGGGCUCCUGUGUCUGCAUUUUUUUCUCUCAUUGUCACAUAUAUGUUUUGGUCUUCUAAUUUAAUAAAUGAUCAUCUACAUGUA